AGCGAAUACCGCAUUUCAAUUUUUGUUUGUUUAAAAGAAGUUCUACUCUCAAGAAGGGGACUUCGGGAUGCAAAAAUCACACGCAUAAAUGUGAAAAUUAAUCAAUCCGGGGAGGCAAGAACAACAAAUAGAGUUUUGAAUAAAAUCAAUCACUUGCAUAAAAAGUCAUGACAACUUUAUACUCCGUAUAUAAUAACACAGGGGGUUAUGGAACAUUGGAGGAGCUACUUGAAGUUAUAACAUGGUCUCAACUCGGCAUUCAUGAGAAACCGGUGGGACUACUGAAUGUUGAGGGGUACUAUAAUUCGUUGUUGUCGUUCAUCGACAAAGCCGUGGAGGAAGGGUUCAUAUGCCCGAGCGCCCGCCACAUCAUUGUAUCCGCUCCUACUGCCAAGGAGCUCGUAAUGAAACUCGAGGAGUAUGUCCCACGCCACAUAGGCGUGGCUUCGAAGUUGAGCUGGGAGGCGGAGCAGCUUCUACACGCGCCCCACGCGCAUGAAUCUCGCGGUGAGAUUAGAGCGGCGUAGAACAAGUCCUUAGCUAGCUAGCUGGGAUGUGUGGAAUAUGGAUCUAAUUAGCUUGAAGAUGCUAAUUAAGUAAUUAACCUCAAGCUCUUGAGUUUUUCUUAUUUUGCUUAAGGGGAUUUGUGAUUUGUCUUUUGUAUAUAGUAAUCUUGAAAAUCAGCAGCCUCAUCAUCUUAUGUCAGAUCCCUUCUGAUUAAGAAAGUUGGCAUUCUGCAACUUGUAAUUAACACUUAAUAUGCAU